AUGCAACCUUCAGAGAUAUUUGUCGGGUCUAUCGAUCAGGGUACCACUAGUACGAGAUUCCUAAUCUUCGAUCGAGAUGGAGAACCUGUUGCCUCACAUCAAGUCGAGUUUACGCAGAUCUAUCCAAAUCCAGGAUGGCACGAACAUGAUCCUCUAGAACUCGUAUCGUCCGUGGAAACAUGCAUCGAGGAAGCAGUUCGACAAUUCGAAAAUAACGGCUACAAUCGCGCAAGAAUCAAGGGAGUCGGAAUAACGAAUCAACGAGAGACGACGGUGGUUUGGGAUCAUGAGACUGGCGAGCCUCUGUACAACGCCAUUGUCUGGACGGAUACACGGUCACAGAGCAUAGUGAACGAAUUGAAACAGAAACCAGGUGCCUCGAAGCUACAAUCUAUCUGUGGUCUACCGUUAUCCACCUACUCGUCCGCCACGAAGCUAUUAUGGAUGCUAGCACAUGUCCCAAAAGUCAAAGAGGCAUUUGAUCGGGGAACCCUCGCGUUUGGUACCGUCGACUCGUGGUUGGUGUACCGUUUGAACGGUGGAGUUGCUGCCAACGUCUUUGUCUCAGAUUCGACAAACGCGUCCCGAACCAUGUUCGUAAACCUGGAGUCACUACAAUAUGAUGAUACACUCUUGGACUUCUUCGGGAUUAAGGGCAAAAUUCAUCUUCCUGCUAUUGUUCCUUCCUCUGACGCUCACGCUUACGGUGCGAUUAUUUCUGGUGCCCUUGCAGGUGUUCCAAUUAUGGGUUGUUUGGGUGAUCAGUCUUCGGCUCUUGUGGGACAAAAAGGAUUUUCACCUGGUAUGGCGAAGAAUACAUAUGGGACAGGUUGCUUUUUGUUAUACAAUGUGGGUGAUAAGCCUGUCAUUUCGACCCACGGGUUACUCGCGACAGUUGCAUACGACUUUGGUGGAAAGGCUGUCUAUGCGUUGGAAGGGAGUAUUGCUGUGGCAGGCUCUGGAAUAAAGUUUCUUCAAGAGAAUUUGAGCUUCUUCCAAAAUGCAAAGGAAGUGAACGACCUUGCUCUUUCAGUUGAAAAUAAUGGGGGUUGUGUCUUUGUCACGGCUUUCAGUGGUCUAUUUGCUCCCUACUGGAUUGAUGAUGCGAAGGGAACCAUAUUUGGUAUCACUCAAUACACACAGAAAGGCCAUAUUGCUCGUGCAACUCUCGAGGCAACGUGUUUCCAGACGAAAGCAAUUCUGGAUGCAAUGGAGAAAGACAGCGGGAAGGCUUUAUCUGAACUAGCCGUGGAUGGAGGAAUGAGUAAUUCGGAUCUGGCUAUGCAGACUCAAGCUAACCUAAUAUCCAUACCCGUGUACCGACCAAAGAUGCGAGAAACAACUGCAUUGGGAGCUGCGAUUGCUGCGGGACUUGCUGUGGGUCUUUGGAGAAACUUUGCAGAGCUGCGAGAUAUCAACCGCAGUGGUGGAGCGGUAUUUGAGCCUCAGAUCACGUGUGAAGAGAGCGCCAGUAAGUUCGGAGAAUGGGAGAAGGCAGUGCGGAUGUGCAAAGGGUGGGUUGGCUCAAAUCAAGAUAACUGGGAAGAGGCGACUGCCGCCAACGAUAACCACGAAACGAAGACCAAUGGCGCACUUUCGAUAAAUCGGGACCAUAAUGCUGCUACGAAUAGUAUCAAGCCGCAAGAACAUCUUCUGAUCUCGGAUGUGAUCGCAACUGCGGACUCCACACUACAGAGCAAGACACAGGUGAAGAAUGGAUUGAUGGAGAUACCGCCUCCUAAAGCGCCAUUGAUUAGUGUGUCUGUUGAUUUGGAAGAUGCAGAUGAGGAGGACUUGCUACUUGAGUUGAGGAAGGUGGAGAUUUUACAGAAGCUGAAGAAACUGCGCAAGUUCAAGCUUAAUUACUACCAAGGAUCUGUUUGA